CAUUCUGCUUCCCCGGAGCGGAAUGAAUCAGAGAGCAGGAUUAGAGUCCGACACCAGCUAUCAGAGGAGCGUAGAUAAAAGGAACUCCUUCUUAAGCACCACUGCAGCAGCCCUUGUUAAUUUUUUUUUUUCUUUUUUCUUUUCCACACAACAGUUGUGCCUCAUUAUCCGGUGCCUGGCUCGAUUUUUUUUUUUUUUUUUUUUUUUUUUGAGGGUUUGAAGUUUCCGUGUUUCAGUGACUGUUACAGAAGAAGAGCUGUUAGUGUUGCCAUGAGGUCUUGAUUAUCUGCAUUUAUGAAUGAAACUGACCUAAAUCACCUGUUACCUCCAGUUUCCAGAUUGUUUGAACUUCUCUGGCUGCACAAUACCGGAGAAAAGACCGAAGCGGCAUAGGACCUACAGCGUCUGCAGCAUGGGCUGGCUCACUAGGAUUGUCUGCCUUUUCUGGGGAGUAUUACUUACAGCAAAAGCAAACUAUCAGAACGGGAAGAACAAUGUGCCAAGGCUGAAAUUGUCCUAUAAAGAAAUGUUGGAAUCCAACAAUGUGAUUACUUUCAAUGGCUUGGCCAACAGCUCCAGUUAUCAUACCUUCCUUUUGGAUGAGGAACGGAGUAGACUGUAUGUUGGAGCAAAGGACCACAUAUUUUCAUUCAGCCUGGUUAAUAUCAAGGAUUUUCAGAAGAUUGUGUGGCCAGUUUCUUACACAAGAAGAGAUGAAUGCAAGUGGGCUGGAAAAGAUAUCCUGAAAGAAUGUGCUAAUUUCAUCAAAGUGCUUAAGGCUUAUAAUCAGACUCAUUUGUACGCCUGUGGAACGGGGGCUUUUCAUCCAAUUUGCACCUACAUUGAAAUUGGACAUCAUCCUGAGGAUAAUAUUUUUAAACUGGAAGAUUCACAUUUUGAAAAUGGCCGUGGGAAGAGUCCAUACGACCCUAAGCUACUGACAGCAUCUCUUUUAAUAGAUGGAGAAUUAUACUCUGGCACUGCAGCUGACUUUAUGGGGCGAGACUUUGCUAUCUUCCGAACUCUCGGGCACCACCAUCCCAUCAGAACAGAGCAGCACGAUUCCAGGUGGCUGAAUGAUCCAAGAUUCAUUAGUGCCCACCUCAUCCCAGAGAGUGACAACCCUGAAGAUGACAAAGUAUAUUUUUUCUUCCGUGAAAAUGCAAUAGAUGGAGAGCAUUCUGGAAAAGCCACUCAUGCUAGAAUAGGUCAGAUAUGCAAGAAUGACUUUGGGGGCCACAGAAGUCUGGUGAAUAAAUGGACAACAUUCCUCAAAGCUCGUCUGAUUUGCUCAGUGCCAGGUCCAAAUGGCAUUGACACUCAUUUUGAUGAAUUACAGGAUGUAUUCCUAAUGAAUUCUAAGGAUCCUAAAAAUCCAAUCGUAUAUGGAGUAUUCACAACUUCCAGUAACAUCUUCAAGGGAUCAGCAGUGUGUAUGUACAGCAUGAGUGACGUGAGAAGGGUGUUCCUUGGUCCCUAUGCCCACAGGGAUGGUCCUAACUAUCAGUGGGUGCCUUAUCAAGGAAGAGUCCCCUACCCACGACCAGGAACUUGUCCCAGUAAAACAUUUGGUGGAUUUGACUCUACAAAGGACCUCCCUGAUGAUGUUAUAACAUUUGCAAGAAGUCAUCCAGCCAUGUACAAUCCAGUGUUUCCUAUUAAUAACCGCCCAAUAAUGAUCAAAACAGAUGUAAAUUAUCAGUUCACACAAAUUGUAGUAGAUCGUGUGGAUGCAGAAGACGGCCAAUAUGAUGUCAUGUUUAUUGGAACAGAUGUUGGAACCGUUCUUAAAGUAGUUUCAAUUCCUAAGGAGACUUGGCAUGAUUUAGAAGAAGUUUUGCUGGAAGAAAUGACAGUUUUUCGGGAGCCAAUUACUAUUUCAGCAAUGGAGCUUUCUACAAAACAGCAACAACUGUAUAUUGGUUCGACUGCUGGGGUAACCCAACUUCCUUUACACAGAUGUGAUAUUUAUGGGAAAGCCUGUGCCGAGUGCUGCCUCGCCAGGGACCCGUACUGUGCCUGGGACGGGUCUUCAUGUUCUCGCUAUUUUCCUACUGCAAAGAGACGCACAAGACGACAAGAUAUAAGAAAUGGCGACCCACUGACACAGUGUUCAGACUUACAACACCAUGAUAAUCACCAUAGCCACAGCCUUGAAGAAAGAAUCAUCUAUGGGGUAGAAAACAGUAGCACAUUCCUGGAGUGCAGUCCGAAGUCACAGCGGGCUCUGGUCUACUGGCAAUUCCAAAGGAGAAAUGAAGAGCGGAAAGAAGAGAUCAGAGUGGAUGAUCAAAUCAUCAGGACAGAACAAGGAUUGCUAUUGCGGAGCCUACAGCGGAAAAAUUCGGGCAACUACUUGUGUCAUGCUAUAGAACAUGGAUUCAUUCAAACUCUUCUUAAAGUGACAUUGGAAGUCAUCGACACAGAGCAUUUAGAAGAACUACUUCAGAAAGAUGAUGAUGGAGAUGGCGCUAAGACCAAAGAGAUAUCCAACAGCAUGACUCCUAGUCAGAAAGUCUGGUACAGAGACUUCAUGCAGCUCAUUAACCACCCCAACCUGAACACAAUGGAUGAGUUCUGUGAACAAGUUUGGAAAAGGGACCGAAAACAACGUCGGCAAAGACCUGGACAUAGCCAAGGGAGCAAUAAUAAAUGGAAGCACUUACAGGAAAAUAAGAAAGGUAGAAACAGGAGGACCCACGAGUUUGAGAGGGCACCCAGGAGUGUCUGAGCUGCAUUACCGUUAGAAACCUCAAACAAGUAGAAACUUGCUUAGACAAUAACUGGAAAAAAUGCAAUAUACAUGAGCUUUUUCAUGGCAUUAUGUGGAUGUUUACAAUGGUGGGAAAUUCAGCUGAGUUCCACCAAUUAUAAAUUAAGUCCAUGAGUAACUUUCCUAACAGGCUUUCUUCCUAAUACCAACACCUAAUAGAGGUCACAGGUAAAUGCAGAUGUUCACUCUAGCUGACUUAAUAUUUCCUAUGAGAUUUCAUUGUACAGGUUUCACUUUCUUUUUUGCCUGAGAAAUAAAAAUGUCAUUUGCCAUAUUGUCAUCUAAAGAAGAAAAACUGCAUCAGCAAAGCCAUUUUAUUGAACUAAAAGUUUAAAAUAAACUGCAUGGAUUUACUACACUGAUGAAUAUUCCAAAAUGUGGUUGGAUUCAAGGAUAUUUUUUGUCUACCAGCACUCUUGUUUAUAUGUACUGGAGGAGUAAAAUGAUACUGAAUGAAAUGGUCUGUGGAAAUAU